AUGACACUCUUAACACUCCUAUUCCUUCUGACCCCACUGGCACUCAGUCAGCUCUUGGGAAUGAUGAGCAAGGUCCUAAUCAAAGUCAAGGAGAUCAAGAACUACAUCAAGAAGGACAACAUCCAUCUCAAAAUCCAAACCCUGGACAGGACAACAGUGAAGAGGACAAUCCAAGCUUGCCUGGGAAUUUCCCAGCUGCGAACACCAUCCUUGCUUCGUGCAACUCCGUCCUCAAGGAGUUUAGAUCAUCACGAAUCUCUAAAGCAACUGCAUUGUCCAGAAUCUACACACACCUACUUCAUGGGAUUCCAGACAAUGAUAAUUCUUUUGCUUCAACUGUCGAAGAAGCCUUCGCUCGCUAUCUCACUAUCAUUGAGAAUCAUCAACACCACCUCGAACAAGCUCAGCAUAGCGGCAGUCGUUGAUGACAAUCUGAAACCCCACCUGACACUCAUGCUGAAAGAGGGAACCCUGAUGAAGAUCAAACACCUAACCAGCAUUCAAAACCAGAUGAAUCUCAAUAUCCCUGGAUUAUAUCUGACUUCAUUCAUCGUGUCACUUUAUCACCAUCACUCACAACUCUAUGCAAUUGAUCCAAAAGGGACAAAACACUCUCUUGUCAACUCUCCAACCUGUUCUGAAUUCCCAGACUUGGAGUGGACCAACAUCCUUGCAGGGAGAGCUGUCAAUCUUGAUGCUGUGCUCAGUGGUUAUUACUCGAUGUCCAACAAAGAUGAGCAAGUGGAGGAGAUUGGAGAUCUCGAAAUACGUUUUGGAACAGUCAACCCGACAAAGACAGUUUCAACAGCUGUGGAAUGGAGCAUCAUGUGGAAUAGGGCAUUAGCUGGAGAGCUGGCAGAAUAUGCUGAGUAUAUCAUUGGACUCUUCACUGCCACUGAUGCACAUUUCCAUGAUCGUGUUAUCCUUUUUGACAAAGCUGUAUGGCAUUGCAUUGGCACUCGUCGUGACUUGGAGCUCACAGAUCUCAACAAAUUCUCAGACCUCAGAUCAACUCACAUGGACUCGAUUGGUGCUGCCAUCAUUCAACAGGCAUCUCUCACCACCAAUAUCAAACCCAAUGCAACUUCUUGA